AGCACCCAGCUUGGGAAGAAGAAGAAGAAGCGGCCGACGGCGCCAGCCCCACCCAGCCUGGCAGCUCCGCGCAACCUGCACCGCCAAUGGCGUUUGCGCGAGGAGCCACCAUGGCGCCGCACACCUUCGGCCCCCCUGGCCUGGAGCGCUGCGCAGGCGGCACCUUCCAGGGCGACGACGUGCUGCUCAGGGUCAAGAGCUCCAUUCUCCGCGGGACGCACACGCAGAGCGCGCCGCUGCCGGUGCCGUGUGGGCCCCUGCUGCCCCCGGGCUUCGAGGACACCCCGCUGCCCCCGGGCCUGGAGGACACGGACUGCAGCGCGGCUGCGGAAGAUGAAGGCGGCACCUUCCAGGGCGACGACGUGCUGUUCAGGGAGCCCGCCGCCUCGCGCGGCUCCGUGCUGCACGGCGACGGCCGCUGCGUGCCCUGCGCGUGGUACUGGAAGGCCGAGGGCUGCAGGAGCGGGGCGGCGUGCCGGCGCUGCCACCUGUGUCCGGCGGGCGAGAUCAAGGCGAGGAGAAAGGUCAAGAACUCCCUGCUCCGCGGGAUGAGCAAGCAGAGCGUGCCGCCGGCGCCGUGGCUGCCCUCGCCGCCCCCGGGCCUCGAGGACACGGACGGCAGCGGCAGCAGCGCGGCCGCGGAGGACGAAGGGAUCAUGGGGGCCGCCGCGCAGAAGCCCGUGGACCUGCGCGGCUUCCUUGACCAGAGCGGCGCUUUCGUGGAGAAGCAGUUGUCCGAGACAUCCUCGGAGCAGGACCUUACCGGCAUCGUCAUGCCAGAGGCGGUGGGCUUGCGCGGGAUCCUGUUACGCAGCAACCUUCCCAUGGAGGAGAAGAUGGGUCCACCAGGGCUGUGCGGCCAGGCGCCGGCCAGGGUGAUGGAGCCGAUGCUCAGCAGCGGCUCCGUGCUCCACUCCCUCGGCAGGUGUGAGCCGUGCGCGUGGUUCUGGAGGCCGGGUGGCUGCAGGAGCGGACAGGAGUGCCGCCGCUGCCACCUGUGCCCUGAGGGGGAGGUGAAGGCGCGCAGAAAGGCGAAGAAUGUGGCCCUCAAGGUCAUCCUGGGCAAGAUGACCAGCCACGGGGUGACUAUCCACAUCCAUUGAAUUCGGUUUUUGGAGCGGGUCUUUCCGUUCGCUCCGCAGCACUAGCUUGACAUUCACGGCGACCUGCCCCCGUUUUCGAAGCCAGCUGCGGACAUGCUUGUUUUUUCGCGGGCCGUCUCGUGCGCCCUGCAGCAUGAGUCUGACAUGUGCGGCGACACGCCCCACGUCUUCGCAGCCAGCCGAGGACAUCUUCGUUUUUUCGCGGGCCGUCUCGUGCGCCCUGCAGCAUGAGUCUGACAUGUGCGGCGACACGCCCCACGCUUCCGCAGCCAGCCGAGGACAUCUUCGUUUUUUCGCGGGCCGUCUCGUGCGCCCUGCAGCAUGAGUCUGACAUGUGCGGCGACACGCCCCACGCUUCCGCAGCCAGCCGUCACCAGACCUUGUGGUCUGCGGGCAAAUGGAGCGCUCGUAGCAGACAGGUCUGUGUGUGCUGUUGCCGCUGCGGCGGCAGGGCUGGCGAGGCCCCGCAGCGGGCCCAGGGGAGGGGUUUUGGCAGAGAGAAGACGCAGUGCGUUCCACCACCCACGCCCGGAGGGCCGGUGGGCUUUCGGCAGCCCGGUACUGGGCCCUUGUCAUGAGAAUGAGGGCCUCGAGCAGAAUUUGGCUGCGCAGGGCACGAUCUCGGUGGGCGCGGUGAAGCUUGAUACAAUAUGCCGUGGCCCUCGAUGCACGGCAUCGAGUGCCUUGGGCGACAUCCGCCGUUGCCUUUACAGUAUGGCUCCGUGCCGUUGGUUUGAUCAAGCCAGCACGUCAUGCGCAAGGGCUGUCGAGCUGGAUGCACUCCUUGGUGCUCUUAUAUCUGGCCGUUUGCUGUUACGCUUGCUGUUCUGGCAUCUCAUCCUGAAACGUUUUCGUGCCGACUUGGCCUUGGCGCGGCACGAGUCUCGCACCUAGCCAGAGGCCGGUAUCGCUACUCCUCUCACCCAUCUUCACGUCGUCUUCGCCCCUCCCCCCCUCGCCCUGCUUCCGAGCCCCCCCGGCUCCACAUCGCCGGCUCGCGCCCCUGGCUGCGUCAUCAGUUCAGGCCCACGCGCGAUGCUCGCCGGAUGACCACCCACGCGGUGAUCAUCGACGUCGAUUGAUUCAACCGUUUUGUUUGUAGGCUGUGCCGCUCGCACUGCAGCAUGAGUUUGCAUUUUGCGGCGACACGCUCACGCACGCUCCCCGCAAGAUGACCAUCCACAGGGUGAUCAUCUCCGUCGAUGCAUUCAACGUUGUUUUUUGCGGGUCGUAUCAUUCGCACGGCAACAUGAGUUUGUCAUGUGCGGCGACGCGUUCACGCACCCUAGUCUCCCACUGGUGUCGAUGGAAUUGCAGUCGUCCGACUGUACUUAGCAGGUCGUGUCGUUCGUAUUGCAGCAUUCGUUUGUCUUGUGCGGCGGUCGCAUUGCAGUAUGAGUUCGUCACGUGGUCACGUGCGGCGGCGUGAGUCCCCUCUUCGCAGCCAGCCGGCUGCCGACUAAGCUCGGUCGUCGGCUCGUGCGAUUUGCUGGUCGCUCAGUGGCCGCGCUCGCAUCCUUCCCCUUGACCACCGCCUCCUGUCCUCUCUUCUCCGCAUCUCCCGGCUCUUUUCCCUCCCCUCCCUUGACAUCCCCCUUCUCUCCGUCCCUCGUCGUGCUGCUCCCCUGCUUACCUUGCCCGUGCCUCAUUUUUGUGCACGUUCCAAGGGAGUGCAUCUGCGCGAUGUGCCGCAAGAUUGUCAGUCUGAAGGACAUUCCUGCGGCGUGCGAUCCCCCCUGCGCGAGACGCACCUCCUCCUUCAGGAGAGAGUGCUCCCGCAGACCCGGGGAUCCGGCGGGCGAGUCGGGGGUGUCAGGUCGGGGCAGGGGGACUCUUCGCGAAGCCACUCGCCAGGACUCCGGCCACCGUGCCGGAUGCUUUUUCUCUCCUCGCAGUGCGGCCGCGCUGCGCGUGCAGGAGUGCCGCCUGCCGCUGCCUCGGCGCGUCGUGCUCUGGGCACUCCUCCCCGGGCCGCGGCUGGGCCCGCCGGCUGUGUGGCCGCGGCUGGCGCGGGGGCUCCAAGGCCGGGAGGCAGGCAGACCUCGCCGGCCAGGGCCGCCCCGCGCGGGGACUCGCGGGGUGAUUCUCCUGUUCACUGCCACGACAACUAUUCGGCGGCGCGCCCAGGGGGGGAGUGAGAAAGAGCAGGCCUAGUUCACUGCCACAACAGAUAUUCGAUGCAAUGGCCGUCUCGUGGUCCCCGAACUGCGGCUGCAGAGAGGCGCACGCCUCGGGGACGGGGCGCGUGUUUGUUUCUACGGCUGACAGGAGGGCUCUGCGGGCGGCUGCCCUCCUCACCCCUCCCUGGCCUCCUCUGCCUCCUCGUUUUCCUUGUGCU